AUGAUUUUCUUGUCCAGUUUCUUCUACUUCUCAGUUUUCUUACUUCCUUUCACAAGUUGCGAUGUGAAAAUGAUAAAGAUUUUCGGAAAAGUCACCGAGACCACUGAGCCACAGGCUUUCAAUACUGUAAAGGACUGUAUUGAUGAGUGUUUUGAGGAUUCAGAUUGUUUACUGGCAUUCUUUAAUUCAGUGUGUUCGCAUUAUUAUGUGAGUGAUCAAUCGAUAACUGUCGUGGAAACUGAUCGAAGUGAGGGGAGCUAUGUGGCUUUUAAGACAGAAUUGCCAGAUGCCACUUGUCCUGCCUCCUACAAGGAAAUCAAGUUCUCUGUGACUUCUACCAACGGAGAGAUAUACUCUUGGAAGAAAACUGAUAAUGGAUGGAUUUACAAAAACUGCAAUGAUGGAUGGACAAGAUAUCCAAAAAGUGAUGGAACUAUCUUAUGUGUGAAAAUAAAAUUGGAGAAAGUAACUCAACAAGUUGCAAAGGAAAGGUGUAUUGAAGAAAGUGCAGUGCUCGCUCGUGUUGAGACAUCCGAAGAAUGCGAAUGGAAACAUGGUUUUGUAGAAAACCGUAGUGCUAAACUUGUAGAAACCGUAGUGCUAAACUCUAUGGGAACUGAUACUGAUAUUUUUUGGAUAAACGGAAGAGCAACCGGUGAUAUAAACCUGGAUGAUUGCAUUAAUCAAUAUGACCAUUAUUCUCAGUUCAUAUCCUAUGAGACAAGCGCUGGAAACUGUGUGGCAUUAUUCGAUAGCAUGUAUCCGUUUUCUUUAUCUGAUCUACCAUGCGAUUGGGAGAUUGGGUACAUGUGUGAAUACGUACUGCAGUGA